AUGGACGUGAUCAAUUGCAUCUCGAAGACGGAUGGUCUCCCCGAUGCGCCUCUGGUAGACCACACGCAGUAUUACCAGCCCACCAGCAGGUACUACGUGAAUGGUCCGCAGGUCCACAAAUACAUGAAACAAAUGCACACUAAGGUCCUCUCUCCCCACGACCUCAUCACGAUCGGCGAAACACCUUUCACACAUGAGGCAUCCGAGCUCGCCACGAAACCUUGGAUGCUCAGGGAGCUCAAGGCAAUUGUUGGUCGCUGGCAGCAGUUCAUGCACGAUGAUGGGUUUUGGAAUGCGAUUAACAUUGAGAACUAUGACCAGGCGCGGUCAGUGUCGCGCUUUGGGAAUGACUCGGUGGAGUGGCCCGCAGUCUCCGCCAAGAUGCUCGCCAUCUUUGAGGUUCAUAAAUAUGUCAAAUUCAAGGAUUAUUAG